AUGGGAAAACGAAAUCGAGCCGCCUUGUUGCCAACACAGUUGCCACAGCUUCAAAAUCUCAUCAAACGAGAUGCCAAAUCGUAUGAGCAAGAGUUCCUUCAACAAUACCGCCAUUAUCAGUCAACCUUGUCGAUCUUUUGCUUGAAGCCCGAUGAGGAAGCCAAAGAGUUAUCCGAAUUGGUCACCUUUAUCAGCCAAGUUUCAGUGUGUUAUCCAAAGGAGACUGCCGAGUUUCCACAGCAACUGGUGGAUCUUUUACAGCAACACUGCGUUGUCCUUCACCCCGAUGUCCGAAAGAGCUUUGUUCAGGCAUUAAUUCUUUUGCGUAACCGAGGCGUGAUCGAUAAUACCCGAUUAUUACCUCUCUUUUUCACCCUCUUCAAAUGCCGAGAUAAGCCAUUGCGUGAAAUGUUGUACAACCAUAUCGUCAAUGAUAUCAAGAACGCCAACUUGAAGGCCAAGAACAACAAACUCAACAAGACCCUCCAAUCCUACAUGUUCACCAUCCUUGAAUCAGUAAAGACCGGCAACAGUGACGAGAAUGCUGUAUCAGCUAAGAAGGGUGUGGAUGUAUGCAUUGAAUUAUAUCACAAGAACGUCUGGAACGAUGCUAAGACUGUCAAUGUAAUUGCUGAAGCCUGUUUUUCACCUGUCAACAAAAUUGCUGUCACUGCCAUCCGUUUCUUUUUGAACACCAACGAAGAUGAGGAAGAAGAUGAAUCAGAGGAAGAGUUGCCUGAUAUUCGCAAAAUGGAACAAGCCAACAUCCACUCGAAGAAGACCAGAGCCAAAUCACGACGAUUAGAACAAGCCAAGAAGAAAGUACAACGCAAAUCCAAGAGCAAAAAGAAAGCAGAGAGCUUCAACUUUGCAGCAUUGCAUCUUCUCAAUGAUCCACAAGGAUUUGCCGAAAAGUUGUAUUCAAAGUUACAAUCCAAGCAAGAUCGAUGGGAGAUUCGUUUGUUGCGCAUGAAUUUGAUUUCUCGUGUCAUUGGUAUCCAUCAACUUUCUCUUCUCGGCUUUUACACCUAUUUGAUCAAAUACCUGCAACCCACCCAACGUGAUGUCACUAUGGUAUUGGUGUCUUCAGCACAAGCUAGUCAUUCCUUGGUUCCUCCCGAUGCUCUUGAACCUGUGCUCAGAGCCAUUGCAAACAACUUUGUCACUGAUCGUGCAUCCAAUGAAGUCAUGGCUGUUGGUAUCAAUGGCAUUCGAGAAAUUUGUGUACGCCAACCCCUCGCCAUGAAUGAGACAUUGUUGCAAGAUCUCACACAAUACAAGAACCAUCGUGAUAAGGGUAUCAUGAUGGCUGCACGUUCAUUGAUCACCUUGUAUCGUGAAGUCAACCCUGAAAUGUUGUUGCGCAAGGAUCGUGGACGAUCAGCUACCAUGCGUCUCAAGGAUGGCACAGCUAAAGAACUCACAUUCGGUGCACAAGACGCUGGUUUGGCUGAUGGUUUGCAAGGUGUUGAACUUUUGGACAAGGAAGAAGGAGAUGAUGAUGAAGGCUGGGAUGGCUGGGAAGUGGAUUCCGACGACAGCGACAGUGAUGAAGAAGGCUGGAUCAAUGUAUCAAGUGAUGAAGAAGAUAUCAAUAUUGCCAUGAGCGACGAAGAAGGUGAUGAUGACAAGAAGAAGGACAAAAAGGAAGAAGCAAGCAAGGAGGAGAAUGGACCAAGGAAACGACGUAUCGGCAAACGACAACUGCGUAAGCUUCAAGAUGCUGAAGAAUUGAGUGAAGAACAACAAAAGAAGCUUGCUGAAGAAGCAGCUGCACGACGUGCUGAAGAGGAGAAGAAACAAGCAGCUAUUAUGGAAGUGGCAUCUACGCGUAUUUUGACCCCUGCUGAUUUUGCACGAUUGAAUGAUAUGCGAGAGAAAAAGGAGAUUGAAGCUGCAGCCGGCAUGAAACGUAGUGCCACUGACGAUGGACGUGUGGAUGAAAGCAUCAUUUUGGGUCCAAGAAAGAAGACCAAGGCGGACUAUGAAGCACGUAUGGCAUCUAUUCAAGAAGGUCGUGAAGGUCGUGAAAAGUUCGGAUCAAAGAAGGGCAACAAGGAUCGAGGCAGUACGACAAAUCGUGAAAAGGCACGCAACAAGAACUUUAUGAUGAUUGCACAUAAACAUGCUGUGGUAUCCAAGAGCAAACGUAGUCUUGUUGACAAGCAAAAGGCUAUGCGUGCAGCCAUCAACAAGCAAAAGAAGAUGAAACGAUAG